GAAACAAACACAGAGGGGGGUGGAAUAAACCAUCUCAGGUACCUAUGACCCAAGCACUACAAUCGGUACAGGAUGUCAUGAUAUCAGGACAUCGUCGGCGUCGGCACGUCGAAACUUAACGCUGGACAACCUCACCACUGCCAUCACACGCUCGCUGUCUUCUCUCUCCCUCUCUCUCUCUCUCUCUCUUUCUACCUCGCACACUCUCUCUACCCCACUCUCGUCGUUCCUAUCCAACACCCAUUGAUUUGAUUGAUCUUGGAUAGAUAUCACGCCUGGUCUUUACUCUACGCGGCUUGCUCGACCCCGGCCGUUGCAGAGCGUCCUCGAUAUCGCGUCUCUUGGAAAGAACGCUAGCCACGAUAGGUACCCUCUUCUCUGUACGUCCAUGCCCAUGAAACGCCACCACCAUGGCAAAGCAGAGCCAGCACGUGGCGGCGCCAGAAUCCUCUACCUGCCUGGGUGGGCUGAGGCAGCGCUUCCCCAUCCUGGAUACGAAGCGGGGCGGAGCCCUCGUUAUCGGUCUCUCGAUACUGCCCCUGCUUUGCCUGCUCGGGCUUCUCGCCCUGCGCAAUCGAGGCGGUGCCACCACAGAGGCCGGCCCGGCCGGGAACGGCCCGGAGCUCAUCACCGAUGAUACCUUCUUUUACGGCCAGUCUGAGCCGGUCUAUCCCUCCCCUGCCAUGACCGGGGUCGGGCCGUGGGCUGAUGCCUAUAACAAAGCUGUCACCUUUGUGAGACAACUCACAAUCGAGGAGAAGGCUGGCCUUGCCUCGGGCAUCUUCUCGUCGACCGGGAGCUCCGGGACCCUGAACGGCUGCUCCGGCAAUAUCGCCGCCAUCCCUCGCAUGAAUUUCUCAGGCCUCUGCCUCAACGACGCCGGCCAAGGGGUGCGCGCCACCGAUUUCGUCAGCGGAUACCCGAGCGGCAUCCACGUCGGUGCUAGCUGGAACAGGGCCUUGGCACGAAGUCGUGCAGAGAGCAUGGGCCUCGAAUUUAGAGUCAAGGGGGUUCAUAUAGCUCUCGGCCCAGUCGUAGGGCCUCUCGGCCGGGUACCGCGCGGCGGCCGCAACUGGGAGGGCUUUUCGCCUGACCCCUAUCUAUGCGGCGUUCUCGCGUCCGAGACCGUGCAAGGGAUCCAGUCGCGAGGAGUUAUUACGAGUACAAAGCAUUUUAUCGGCAACGAGCAGGAGACAAAUCGACAGCCGGGUAACGGCGUCGAAGCCGUUUCUUCUAAUAUCGACGACAGGACUAUGCACGAGCUCUACCUAUGGCCCUUCCAAGACGCCAUCCGAGCCGGCACCGGGAACAUCAUGUGCUCGUACAACCGGGUCAAUAACUCGUACGGGUGUGCCAACAGCAAGGCCCAGAACGGUCUCCUCAAGACGGAACUCGGCUUCCAGGGCGCCGUCACGUCCGACUGGGACGCGCUGCACGCCGGCGUCGCCUCAGCCCAGGCCGGCAUGGACAUGGUCAUGCCCAACUCGAGGCUCUGGGGCGACCGGCUCGUCGAGGCUGUCCGCAACAGCUCGCUUCCCGCCGAGCGCCUCGACGAUAUGGCGACGCGCAUCAUCGCCUCAUGGUACCGCAUGGGCCAGGAUCAGGGCUUUCCAGCACCCGGUGUCGGGAUGCCAGCGGACCUGACACGACCGCACGCGGUCGUCGACGCGCGGGACGUGUCGUCGCAGCGGGUGCUGCUUGAUGGGGCGGUCGAGGGCCACGUACUUCUCAAAAACGCGCGGGGCGCGCUGCCGCUGCGGCGCGACCCGCCGCCGCGCAUGCUCUCGCUGUUCGGGUACUCGGCCAAGGCGCCGGACCAGUGGAGCUACGAGUCGGACGGUGGUGUCGCCGCGUGGACUUUUGGCGGCGAGUCGUCGUACCUCGGCCGCGACACGCGCGCCGGCUUCGGCGGCGACUACCAUCGCGCCGACUUCUCCCAGGUCGCCCCCAACGGCACGUUGCUGUGCGGCGGCGGCUCCGGCGCUGUCACUCCCGCCACACUCAGCGCCCCUUUCGACGCGCUCGCUGCCCGCGCCCGCGCCGACCGCACCGCCCUCUUUUGGGACUUUGGCACCCCGGACCCGGACGUCGCCGCUCCGUCCGAGGCGUGUCUUGUACUUGUCAACGCGUUUGCAUCAGAAGGGUAUGACCGGCCGGGCCUGCACGACGACUACACUGACGGGCUAAUCCUACACGUGGCGGCGCGGUGUAACAACACCAUCGUCAUCUUCCACAAUGCGGGUGUACGGCUCGUCGACCGGUGGAUCGACCACCCGAACGUGACGGCGCUGCUGUUCGCGCACCUGCCGGGCGAGGCCUCGGGCGAUGCGCUCGUCGCGCUGCUCUACGGCGACGCGAACCCGUCUGGAAAACUGCCGUACACGGUACCGCGGAACGAGUCGGACUACGGCGCGAGGCGCGGCGGGCCCGACAUGCCUGAGGGGCAGUUCGAGCAGUUCCCGCAGUCAGACUUCGCCGGACCCGCGGGCGCCAACGGCGAGGGCGACGGCCUCCUGCUCGACUACCGCCGCUUCGACGCGCUCGAGAUCGAGCCGCGCUUCCCCUUUGGCUUCGGGCUGUCGUACACGACGUUCGCAUACGCGGACCUGCGGGUGGCGACGCAGGCGGACGCCGACACGGGGCCCUUCCCGACGGGGGCGACGCGCGAAGGAGGGCCCGUUGACCUGUGGCACGUGCUAGCGACGGCGACAGCCGAGGUGCGGAACACGGGCGACGUGGGCGGCGCCGAGGUCGCACAGCUGUACGUAGCGAUCCCAGCGGGGCCAGACACGGAGAACGGGGAACGGCCAGCGGAGGAGGAAGAGCAGGGGAACGGGGGCGGGGCGCCGCCGCCGCGGGUGCGCCGCCAGCUGCGCGGGUUCGAGAAGCCGUUCAUAAACGCGUUGGACGCAGCGACGGUGCGCUUCGAACUGACGCGGCGCGACCUCAGCGUCUGGGACGUGGUCGCGCAGAAGUGGCGCCUGCGCCGGGGCGAGUACACGGUGUUCGUCGGGGGCAGCAGCCGUGACCUGCCGCUGAAUGGGACUUUUACGAUUUGAACGACGUGGUAUUGUUUACAAAAAGGGGUUCUGGUUGUCCUUUUAUUUUUCCCUUAAAACGAGAUAUUGUUUAAUGGACGGGAUGUAUAAAAGAGGUACGGAUGAGGAAGAAGGGAAUAUGAGGCACAUAAUGAUAUCACGCACGAUCGAAGGGUACGAGGACGGGGGGGGAGGUAGGAAGUAGUGGAUCUAGCCCCUUGGAGGAUGGGGGAAUGAAUGAGACGGCGCGUACGGCGUCGGUGACAAGAGAAGAGGAUAGGGGACCCCCGUGUAAUUUGUGGAUGGGGUGUGAGGCUUACCGUCUGCGCGUGCGUGGAGGCAUAUAUGGGUACACAUAUAUCUUUAAGCUGACGGCCUUGAUCUGGGUCGGGUUGCUUGUUCUAGAAGGGUAGUGGUUUGAGGGGAGACCCGAGUCGUCCCGGGGCCUGUGGAGGACACGACAGAGAAGCUUAUGCGGGCGGAUAGCCCGGGGGGAUAUGACGUUGCUGUUAUUACC